AUGAAAAAUACACCAAAAUACAACGCAAAAACGACAACCAACGAAGAAGACUGGUGUCCAGCAGUGAAGACAGCGCCACAUAUACGGUUGUUUCAAAUAAGAUAUUAUUGCAGUCCAGCGAAGCGGAAUGAGUUCCUAACUCAAUGGAGAGAAGCAAUAGAAAAGGUUCAGGCGUUUACCGAAAUUUACGAAUAUGAUAUUGCUGUUACAAUUUGGGUGUUGCCAACUCCUCUUGAACUUUUUAAGACCCUGGUCAAAGCUGAUCGGUGGGUGACGGCCAACCACCAUGACAGUCAUGCUGCCAUCGGAUACUACGAUUCCCCAUUUAAUAAUGCAUUAGUCUUUUCAUAUGAUGGAGGUGGCAAUGACGGAACAUUCAACGUUUAUCACGCCAACAGAAAUGAUGGAAUUAAACAUAUAGAACGAGUUCUCUUAAACCUUGGAGAUCGGUAUCAUUAUCUUACCCGUGCAUUUUCUGAACUUAACAAGAAGAAUUUUAACCCGAAUGUGAUGCAAAUGUAUACAGGGGCUGUUCGUCCUCAUGGUUCAUUGACAGGAAAAAUGAUGGGAUACUCAGCUCUGGGUAACGUCCGUAAAGAAUGGAUCCCAGCAUUCAAGGAAUACUAUAAGCUCUAUACCAAUGAAAUAGGCAUGUCGUUCCAGCUUGGGCACAAAAUAGGACUGUCGCUGGAAGAAAAUGCACUUGAUGGACAGAAUGCGAUGGAUGUAUCUGCCACGAGUCAAUAUGUAUUUACUCUGUUAAUUUGUGAAAAGAUUGAUUUGUUUCUUAAUCGAUACACCUCUAUUGUUGGCAGUGCAAAACUUGAUGGUAUCGUUUUAAGCGGUGGUUGUGCAUUGAAUGUUCCUGCCAAUCAAGUAAUAGUCAGCAAGUUUGGUUACCCUGUCCACGUAGCCUCAGCACCGAAUGAUUGUGGGAUAUCAGUGGGUGGAGCCUGGAUUAUUGUUCCGCCAUCAAGCCCACAACGAAUUCAAUUCUGUGGUCUCCCACUCUUUGAUGGAAACAUGUUAAAUCACUUCGUAAAGUUGCGUGAAGCGAAACAAGUCUCAGUUGCAGAUGUUGCACAGCUGCUAACUAAAGGUGCUGUCAUAGGACUCGUUAGAGGACGACAAGAGGUAAGACCUAACAGUUUUGGAGUUGUCAUUCAUUGA